CAGUCAGGUCGCUCUUGCUGUUCGUUGCUUGGUGGGGUGUGGUGGAUCCCCCUCGAUUUCUCCCCUUAUCCGUCCGCCGUUGCCCCUUAUCAGCUGCCCUGCAGUGGCGCUCGGCCCGCUGAUCGGCCCCCGGACACCCCUAAGCCGGUGACGGUCACAGUUCCCGACCGCCAACUUCAGCAAUUCACGAAAUACCUGGCCUCAUCCACUUCGUUCUCCAAAGCCAAGCCUCCCCUGGGAUAUCGCCAGCGUUGCGGAAUCUACUUUCGUCCACUGUAUUUGUCCACCCGGCGCCGCGCCGAGGAGGGCUUGAGGAGCUUCCAUCAUGUGGACGUUCUCUUCGCCGUCAUCGAACACACCGGAGGCUGCCACUCCGUCGCCAGAUGUUCCCGCGACAGACGAACCUCAGAAUGACGGAUCAAAGCUCAAAACCUUCAUUUCGAUUCUAAGAAAGUUCAUAGGAGUCACCGACCUCGCUUCCGUCCGGUUCUCUCUGCCGUCACAGCUUCUCGAACCGACCCCAAAUCUCGAAUAUUGGAACUAUCUCGAUUCCCCGAAUGCAUUUAUCGCCAUUGGGACCGCAGACGAGCCGGUUGACCGCAUGCUGGAAGUGUUGCGGUUCUGGUUCACAAAGGACCUCAAGUACGCAAAGGGGAAGCCGUGCAAACCCUACAACUCUUGCCUGGGCGAGUUCUUCAGGUGCAACUGGGAAACCGAGGAUGACGCCCCCAAGAUCGACACGAGCGCGCUGCGGAGAAACAGCAGCUCCCCUGGGAGCAGCGCGUCCAGCAUGAAGUCAGCAAAGCUCUCCGUCCCGGCUGGACUUGGAUCUGGAGAUGCCCGUGCUGCCUCAACUGUAUCGGUCUCACAGUCGGCCAAGAACCCGGCCAAGCCAGUCCGGGUUUCAUAUCUGACGGAGCAGACUUCCCACCACCCACCUGUCAGUGCUUUCUACAUCAGCUGCCCGGAGAAGGGGAUCCAUGCCAAGGGUUUCGACCAGAUUACGGCAAAGUUCACUGGCACUUCGAUCAAGGUGAUGCCGGGAGAGCACAAUCUGGGAAUCUUCAUCACAGUGGAGCGCCGCGACCAUGAGACGUAUCAGCUCACGCACCCUGCUGCGCAUCUGGGCGGUAUUCUCAGGGGCGCCCUGAGUGUGAGCGUUGGUGAUAUGGCCUACGUUACAUGCCCCGAAACCAAACUCAAGGCAAUCUUGCGUUACUACGAUGACGGCUGGCUUGGUCGGACAACAAACAAAGUCGAGGGCAUCAUUUUCCGGUAUGACCCGGAGAAAGACGACAAACGGCAGAUCCAGGACGUCCCGGAGGCGGACAUCCUCGUGAGAUUAGGCGGGCCCUGGAAGGAGAAGAUCGUGUUCACCCUCGGCUCCAAACCCUUAAAUUCCCACCCCCCCGAGAAGCAGAUCACGAUCAUCGACAUUGCCCCUCUCGCUGUUGCGCCCAAGGUGCUCCCGCCUACUGAGCAGCAGCUACCCCAUGAGUCCUUGCAACUCUGGGGCGAAGUUACCAAAGCCAUUCUUGCCAAGCAGUUCUCGCGGGCGACGACAGUGAAGCAGGAGCUGGAGGAGGCCCAGCGCGAGAAGGCUCGCGAGCGCGAACGGACAAAAGAGACGUGGAAGCCCGUCUUUUUUGAGCAGGCUACUGACAAGGCGGGCAAGCCGUCGUUGACGGAGAAGGGGAGAGAGGUGCUUAACCGGGCGCAGAAGGGGGAAUGGAGUAUGGAUGGCAUCAUUUCCAAGGAGCUGGUUUAAUUCAGUUGGGGGUGCAUGGGGAGCAGGGUGCAUUUUGGCUUGGUAUAGAAUAGAGGUGGUUUCAGCGGCGUCAUCUCGACCGACAUCCCCUGUUGGAUGCGUUUACA